GAUCUCUACCGCUACUACCACGACCACUCCCACCGCUUUGCUCUGGGACUCGGAAUCGACAGUACUCGAACUAAGACUUGUAGGAUGGCCGCCAACCUCGUCAACGGAAAUACAGCAACUGGUAGCCCUAAUCCCAGUGGAUCAACAACACCAGUGACUCCAGUUCCAGAUUCCGUCUUUGAUGACUCUGUCGUGUCUCAUCGGUUUGCUGGGCAUAUCGGGUUCUUGACGAAAGCGCAGACAGAGGCGUUUGAAGCGUUCAAGGAGUUGUUGGUUCAAGAAGGGCUUUACCGGCCUUCUGUGUUAUCGGAGGAUGGGAAGAGCGUAGUUGAACCUGCUUCGCAUGACGACCCUACCGUACUACGAUUCCUACGAGCACGGAGCUUCCAACCGCCAGAGGCUCUAGCACAAUUCAAGCGCGCAGAGGAAUGGAGGAAGGAACAAGACGUAGACAACCUAUUCGCGACGGGGUUCACAGCAGAAGAACUGGAGACUGCCCGCCGGUUCUAUCCACGGUGGACUGGACGAAGAGAUAAACAAGGACUACCGUUAUAUGUGUAUCGGAUUGCGGCUCUAGAAUCCAUGCAGAAGGAGUUGGAUGCCGUUCCUUCUAAGCGAAGGUAUCAACGGAUUGUCAUCCUAUACGAGAUGAUGGUCCGCUUUAUGUUUGGAUUGUGCUCUCAUCUCCCUCACCCAACAUCCCCACAUCCUAUCUCAUGCACGACCAAUAUCAUAGAUCUAGGCGAUGCCAGUUUCACAUCGAUGUUUAGAUUAAGAGGCCACUUUCAAGAAGCAUCUAGGCUUGCAACGCCAUACUACCCUGAAACGCUAGGAACUAUCAUCGUCGUCAAUGCUCCGUCCUACUUUCCUACAAUCUGGUCUUGGAUCAAGGGCUGGUUCGAUGAAGGAACUCGGCGCAAGAUCCACGUCCUCGGUAAAGACGCAGCACCUACGCUAACAGAACUAAUACACGCGAAAGAUUUACCCAAGAUUUAUGGAGGAGAGUUGGAGUGGACGUUUUUCGAUCAGCCGAAUUUGGAUGAAGAUGCAAAGGCUGUAUUGCCUGAUGGUUUCCCGGAGGGAGUGGCUAGCUUUAAAGAUGGGAACGUUAUAAGGCCCGGGGAGUCGCAGUAG